AUUGACACUAAUCGUAAACCUAUUUUAGAAUUUAUCUCUAUUCGUUCAACAAUCUUACCUGGAACAUCAGCUGCCUCGUAUAAUGAAGUUAAAAGGCUUAUCUCAUUGUUAGAAAAACAUAAAAAUGAUAUUGAAGGCAUACUAAACCCGAAACAAGUGUAUGCUAUAGGUCCUGAUUUUCAACAAGGUUGUACUAUACCGCAUAUUGCUUGCUGGGUUAACGGGACUCUCAUUGAUGAAGAUAUUGAAAAGCUUUCAAAUAUUUUUGAAAAUGAAUUUGAAAUUGUGGCGAUACAUCUGGAUACAGAUGAUAACAAUAGUUUUAACUAUAAAACACAACAAUCAAAUGAUAAAGAUGAACCUAAAGAUAAUGGAAAUGAGAAUGACAGCGGGCAAAAUGAUGGACGAGAUGAUGAAAAAGAUUAUAACAAAAAUAAUGAAGAAAGCAAUCGUAAAGACAAAGGAUCGAAUGAAAAAAAUAGCGGUGAGGCCAGUGAAAAAAAUGGUAACAGAGGCAAUAAAAGAAACGGCGAAGGAAGCGGCCAAAAAAGUGAUUAUGAUGGACAUGAAGGUCCUAGCGAAGACGACAGUAAUAAGUAUCUUCAUGUUGCCUCUACGGCAGAAGCCAAA